AUGCCAAUAGAAAAGUCUUCAAGCAACGAAAGCGAUUGGGUAUUCGAUUCCGAGACGGGUUAUUACUACAGUGCUUCUACGAAAAAGUAUGCUGUAUGGAAUUCAGAAGAGCUUGCCUGGAACUAUUUUGAAUCUAGCGAGCCAUCAACCGAUUAUAUUCCUACAGAAGAUAGCCGCUACUAUUUUAAUCCAAAGAACAAUAUGUGGUUUGAUGUCGAGACUGGUGUAUAUUCCAUUUAUGAUUCAGUGGCAAAAAUUUACAUUCCCGUUGAUCCAGAAACAUCAUCACCAUUUUAUAAUUCAUUAUCACCAGCACUUACUAGCAACGAAGAAACUUUGAUCGAUGAACAAGGGGAACCGGGGAGUGAUGCAACGCUGAGAUUAGUGGUAUUACAGUCAGAUGUAUUGAAAGUUGGAAAUCUCAUAAUCGUUGACGGAAAUGGGAUUUCCAUAGGGCGUGAUAGAUGGGACGAUAGACGUUUGAGAUUACCCGAAUUGCGCACAUCAAAACAUCAUUGUCAAAUAUUCUGUUCAUCUGCCGCCGCGAUAUCAUCAUCUUCUACAAUAAAUACUCCUAACGUUGAAAAUUCCGUCGCCGUUAACAAUGAUAAAAGUGAAACAGACUCUUCAAAUGCUAUUAGUUCUGAGGAUGCAUUCUAUAUAAUUGAUAGUGGUUCCCAGAAUGGAACCUUUAUCAAUUCAAAUCGAUUGUCGGAGAGUAAAAUGAGUUCAAAACCCCAAAUAUUAUCACAUUUGGAUGAAAUCAUAGUGGGGAGCACUACUUUUCAAGUUCAUUUACAUAAACAGUGGGCAUGUGAAGCAUGCACAGUUACCGAAGGAAAAGUGAUUGAAAUAUCGAAAAAUGAUAACAAUAACAUUGCAAGCACAAGUACAUUAAAAUCAUGUGAGCAAUCAGAGAUAGCAAUCGCCGUUAGAGCUAAUGGAAAUCUUAGUUUAAACAAUAAUCUGAUAUCGUCCCAACGAGAGUUAUUAGAAUUGCAACGACGACAAGAAUUAACGCGACUGAAACGUAAAUAUAUUAGAAGUUAUAAAGAUGAUGAUGAUGAUAAUUCCAGUACAGAUAAUAAUGCGAAAUAUAUCGAUCGUGCGGCAUUACGACGAGAGAUUCGACCUGAUAACAGGCCAGUAAAGAAAUCAAAGACAGUCGACCAUGAAGAUCUUGACUAUGUUCCAGCGCAGAUUUCUCAAAAUAAAAGGCUCGGAUCAGAAAAUAAGGGUAAUAUGUUAUUACAAAAAAUGGGUUGGAAGGAAGGCCAAGGAUUAGGCCGAGCUGGCGGAGGAAUAAUUAAUCCAAUAGAUGUGUUGACUAAUGAUGGACGUCGUGGACUUGGUUCAGGAGGAAUAAAGAAGGCCAUCUCUGGAAAUAGUUCCAAUGAUGGCAAAGAAACAUUGCAGGAAGCGACUCGAAGAAUUGCGCGAGAAAGAUUCAUGGAUAUGUUUGAGUGA